GCAUGUCGCACCAUAUCGACGUCAUUAGCUGCAUGCAUUGUCUUUUGUGGUAGCUAGCUAACAACAAAAACGUUAUAUUACUGAGCUAGGUAGCACAUUCCCUAUUAAUCUAGCUGAGCUAGGUCAUAAUGAGUGUAGCAUUUAGCAAAGAGCCCCGUAAGACGGCGGGGAACCGCAUGUCUAAGUUAUUAGAUGCUGAAGAAGAAGAUGAAUUCUACAAGACCACAUACGGCGGAUUCAACGACGAAUCAGGAGAUGAUGAGUACAGAGGGGAGCACUCGGACACAGAGGACGAGGUCGACAGUGACUUUGACAUAGAUGAGGGUGACGAGCCUGAUAGUGACCAGGAGGACGAUGCUCCUCGCAGGAAGAGUCGAGUUGUCACCAAAGCUUAUAAGGAACCUCUGAAGGUGACUAAGCCUAAACCAAAGAGGCCCUCAGAGGAGCUGAAGAAGACUGAGAAAGCCAAAGUGGAGAGGAGGGCACCGCAAGAGUUUCAGGAGUUUGGAGAGACUCGGAAGUCUGUGCGCCAGUCGACCAGCGAGCAUACGCGGAAGACCAACCUGCGACUGCAAGAAAGACAGGAUGCCCCACGACGGCGGAGGGGAGCCCACCACGACCGACCCCUGACCCAGGAAGAGUUGCUGGCUGAGGCCAAAAUAACUGCUGAGGUCAACCUCCGAUCACUGGAGAACUACGAGCGUCUUGAGGCCGACAAGAAAAAACAGGUCCAUAAGAAGCGGCGAUUUGAGGGCCCCACCAUCCGCUACCACUCUGUCCUCAUGGCCCUGGUGCCCCACUCCAUCUUAAAAGAGGAAAAUGUGGAUGUGGAAGGGUUAGACCAGGACACACCGCUGCCCAUUGCUGCUGUGGCACCAAGUCCCAUGCCUUCCCAGCAACCCUUGGGAGGUCUUUGCUCCCGCACUUACAUCACCUUUAGCGAUGAGGAGGCCUUUGAGGCUGCCUUCCCCCAGGCAGUGCGGACCGGCUCCCAGCCCCCCACCCAGGAAGUCUGUCCUGUCACCCACAAGGCUGCACUGUACAGAGACCCAGUUACAGACAUCCCCUAUGCCAACACACAAGCCUUUCGUAUUAUUCGUGAAGCCUACCGCAAAUAUGUGGCAGCUCAUGGAUUCCCCAACUCUUCCGGGGGUUUCUCUGUGGUUGAUGCCUCAGGUUCCAGGAGUGCACGCCAGAAAAUGGUCAAGCAGAGCACAGUUGCAAGGUAGAGGUUUCUCUCACAAGUCAUAUAUGGAAGAGUGAGUCUGUCCUUCAAUUUAGAGCCCCUCAUCUGUUCAAAGAUUUAAAGCUACAGUCUGGGAUUCAUCUUUCAGCAAAAUGGCAGCCCACUACUUGUUUUGGUGUACAGCUGAAUCAUGGGGCUACGGAAAUUCUUGUUUGUAAACAUUGGAGUAAUAGAAUUUACAUUUGGGAUAGAGCGGGGUUAGCCAAAACUAGCCUAUGAAUUAAGGGGUUUUAAAUGGUCUACUGAGAGUGCUUUGAAAUAUUUGAGGUUUUUGCCCUCAUGCUUUUUCAUUAUUCACAAUUCACAUACCUACAUUUCGCUUGUUCAAGUAGGCUAACCAUCCCCAUUUUCAAAGAGCGCCCCUCGUCUGAUUUCCAAAGACACGCUCCUCCAAACUAUUCAGUCCUCAAUAUCAACUGCAGAUUUUUGUUGAGGAUCUGCCUCACACAGGCCACGAUACAAUUGACAGGAGCCUAGUAUUUUGUAUAGACGUGACUGUUAUGCAUAAAGACAUUUAAGCCUACGUGUGCGCAUGGAAUGAGAGAAGCGAUUUAUGAUAUGCUUCUGACCCGAUCCUAUUUAGAAACAUUGCUGUUGCAGAUUGUUUUUCGUUUAAUUUGAUUAUAAACCAAACGUAUUAAAAAGAUUCACCGUCCAUGGGUUUAUAGUGAAAAUGUACAUGGCUUGAAUGCAAUUCAAUUGCUAUUUCUGGAGAAGUGAAAAUGUGACCCACCAGCUCAAAUCGGUCUUAUGUAGCAACAUUUGAAAUUGUGUUUUUUACAUUGAAUAAAAAGAGACUCAGAGCUACAAAAUGGU